CCACAUAGCCUCACCACAAGCAUUCACACUUUAAAAUCAACAAAAUACAAAAAAAAAAAUGGUCUCAAAGAGCUCAACCACCAUUAGCCUCAUCAUCAUCUUCCUCAUCUUCAGCCUCGCUGAGGCUGACCUCUUUCUCUCGCCUUCACCGGGCUUUGGUACGUGUCCUAGAGAUCCAUUGCAACUUGGUGUAUGCGCCAAUGUCCUUGGCCUAGCCAAUGUCAUUGCUGGCGACACCAGAGCACGGCCGUGUUGCAGUGCUAUCACUGGCCUUACGAACGUCCAAGUAGCCGAUUGCCUCUGCUUUGUCUUCAGGCCACUUCCUUUGGUUUACGGUAUCGAUAAGGCCGUUAGAACAAUAUUUUUCGCUUGUAAUAUGGUUUUUCCUAUUGGCUUUCAGUGUCCACCACCACCAGUAUCUAGCCCUUAAUCUCACCUGAUUAGAAACGAGAACCUUAUCCAGUAACUACUUACAACGCAAGUAUGUUUUCUUAUUCAUGUUAUACAGUGUUGAUGUGUUUUUCGUUGUUAAACAGGGCGUAAUAAUAAGGACUACAAAUGUUGUUAUGUGUACGAAGAAUAAUAUUUGAAUAAAUCUGUUAUGUGGACGAGUCAUAAUAUAUAAUUAAGUGUUACGUUUGUUUUGUUCCCCCA